UUGUUACUCACUCCGUUAUUACAUCAAUCAAUCAGAAACAAGGUGUCAGCGGUGGGCGAGGUUGACGUCGGCGAUGACCCUGUUCCUCUCCUCCUCUUCCUUGUCCACCGGAGGAUGCACCAACGGAUGGAUGGUCAAGGACCCAAGGCCUCCUCCUCCUCCUCUCCGCCAACAACCAAAACAAACCCCACCCCGUUCCCCUUCUUCUCGCCUCCUCACAUCCUUCUCCCCCAAGGCCGACAUCCACAUCGACAUGGUCAAGGCCAUCAGGAUCCAUGACCUCGGCGGCCCCGAGGUGAUGCAGUGGGAGGAGGUGCAGCUCGGGAACCCCAAGGAAGGGGAGAUCCGCAUCAGGACCACCGCCAUCGGCGUCAACUUCAUCGACGUCUACUUCCGCAAGGGGGUCUACUCCGCGCCGGCCCUCCCCUUCACCCCAGGAAUGGAAGCUGUUGGUGUGGUCACUGCAGUAGGGCCUGGUCUCACUGGCAGAAAAGUUGGGGAUGUUGUUGCAUAUGCUGGCAACCCCAUGGGAUCAUAUUCUGAGGAGCAAAUCCUUCCAGCCAGUGUCGCUGUUACUGUUCCGCCUUCAGUUGAUCAUAAGGCAGCGGCUUCUGUAAUGCUCAAGGGCAUGACUGCACAUGUUUUGGUUCGCCGUGUGUUCCAGGUUGAGAGUGGCCAUACUGUCCUGGUACAUGCUGCUGCUGGAGGAGUUGGCUCACUCCUUUGUCAAUGGGCAAAUGCGCUUGGUGCCACUGUCAUUGGGACUGUUUCAAAUGAAGAGAAAGCUGCGCAGGCAACUCAGGAUGGAUGCCACCAUGUGAUAAUUUACACAAAGGAAGAUGUUGUGACAAGAGUCAAGGAGAUUACAGCUGGAAAUGGUGUAAAUGUGGUCUAUGAUUCUGUUGGGAAGGAUACAUACAAGGCUUCUGUGGAAUGCUUGGCCUCCCGAGGUUUCCUGGUGUCGUUUGGGCAGUCCUCGGGUAUACCUGAUCCAAUUCCGCUGAGUGACCUGGCUUCCAAGUCUUUGUUCGUGACUAGGCCUAGCCUGCUGCAUUACACUGCUACUCGUGAUGAAUUGCUGGAAUCAGCUGGCGAGGUGUUUGCAAAUGUUGCUAACGGGGUGCUGCGCGUCCGUGUGAACCACACGUAUCCGUUGUCUGAAGCUGCUCGUGCUCAUGCAGACCUGGAAGGCAGGAUGACCUCAGGGUCCAUAGUUCUGAUCCCGGAUAGCUAGCUAGACUCUGACUGACACAAGUGGCUGGCGGCUUGAAUGAAUAAAUGGAUACAUUUCUCUGGGUAGGGGAAUGGGAUGAUGAUGUCCAUAGUGCUGAGAGUGAUUACUCUUCUCUUGUUGAACUUGAAGCCUCCCUUAUCAUAAUCAUGGGUUCGUUUGUUGAGAGUUUAUUUUAUGUUGAAGCAAUCUGUCUGUAAAUAGAACAAGUCGUGUCCUUGUUGGUUCAGAGCUCGAGAUGAUGUGCUAAACUAGGAAUAUGAGUCCCUUGUGGUGUUACUGAAUUGAUGAAGUACCGCUGGAUUAAAUAUCUGUGGCUUGCCUGCCAUUUCUCUUUUU